ACUUGUCAAACCACUGCAAACUCUCGCAGCUCUGUCUCUCUCGCUCUCUCUGGGUAUAGUGAGCUGGGCGUUUUAAGGUAGUUUCAUAGUUCAAAAUCGUUCCUUUCGUUGUUGCUCCGCUUUAAUAUUUUGUGGUUUUUCUUGGGCCAAUUACUUUCUUCCGUUGAGCGCUGUCCCGGUCCAACCCGGCAACCGGACGCCCUCGGUUCAUCUCUCUCGCGCUCGUCGCUCGCCACUCGCCGCUCAAUCUUCCCUUUCUCGCGGUAGCCGAACUGUUCAUUGCACACGGGAACGAGGCAAAAAGAGGGAAGGUGUAUUUUGUGUGUCAAGUGGCGUUGAAGUGGUUCUUUGCUUUGCUCAUUGGAAUUGAUAGCAUUCGGAAAUGUUUCUGAAGGUGCAGCUCCCGUGGAACGUGAUCAUUUCAGCAGAAAACCUGGACGUGAAGGGACUAAUGCUGCAAAGGUCCAUCAUAAUACGCCUCUUGGAUGACUUCGCAUGUAAGAAGGCGACAAAGGACCUGGGUUAUUUCCUCGCUGUGACGACACUGGAAAGCAUCGGCGAAGGGAAAGUGAGACAACAUUCUGGAGACGUCCUUUUCCCUGUGGUCUUCAGCGGCAUCACCUUUAAGCUUUUCCGGGGAGAAAUCCUGGACGGAGUCGUGCACAAGGUGCUCAAGCAUGGGGUAUUCUUGAGAUGCGGGCCUGUCGAGAACAUCUACCUCUCCAAUCUGAAGAUGGGCGACUACAAGUACGUGCCGGGGGAGAAUCCUGUCUUCCUGAACGACAAGCUCUCCAAGAUCGGUAAAGAUGUGACUGUCCGAUUCAUGGUGAUUGGGACAAAGUGGCUCGAGGUGGAGAGGGAUUUUCAAGCGCUGGUCAGCUUGGAAGGUGAUUUCCUAGGACCUGUUUCUUAGUAACUUUGUCACAUAAGCGGCAUGUCUCUAUGACGCCUUUUUUUCCUGUAAACGAAUCACUUCAAACGUGUCUAUGAUAUGUAGUGGUUAAGAUUCGCCUCCUCGAUUUUCUGUAUGUUCUCACUAGUGGUUCACCUGUGGUUUCCACGAGUUUUCUAUCUGAGGUACUGUGAUGAUGAUGCA